UCGAAAGUGUUAACUUCAAAGAUGGAGGCCAACAGUAGAUAGAUGUAUUAUUUUAUUAUUAUCCCUGAUUCAAUAUCGAUCUUCGGCAGAAAAUUAAACGAUAAAACGCAUAAACCAAUGUUAACAAUAGAAAUUUAAUAAUCGGACACCAUAGCGAUUCAAAUAAAAGUAUCAGAUUUACCAAAAGUAGAACAAACAAAGCGAAACAGAGACAAAAAAGACUUCUUGUUGCUGUUGUUGUUGUUUAUUGAAAAUAGUUUUUUCUUCUUAAGAUAUUACAAAAUAAUAUAUAUAUAUAUAUAUACAAAUAUAUGUAGAAAAAGAUAAACCAAUGUGCUGACUGACUAGUGCAAAACAGUGUGAGAUUCAAUGAAUUUGCCAACAAAUCAAGCGACCAGCUUAAAAAGAGAAUAGACAUUCGUUGGAAUUGUGUGUACGGAUUGUUUUAUUUAGAUGUUUCAGUGGGUCUACAUGCAGUGGGUCUACAUGAAUACCAAGGUUUAUUGAUUUGAUUUUAAUUUGAGCGUUGUUUGAAUCAUAAACGACGGGACGAUUGCAAAAAUUAUGUCUGGUAAAAUACCAAAUAUAAAACGUAGAGAUCAGAACGCAUCAUCUUCAUCCAAUUCGUCUCUGUCUUCAUCAGGUGGUGGUGACGCCGUGGGAAUGUCAGCUGAUCUUGCUUCAUUUUUCGAGUGCCCAGUUUGUUUUGAUUAUGUUUUACCACCAAUUUUGCAAUGCCAAAGUGGUCAUUUGGUGUGCUCGAGCUGUCGGUCAAAAUUAACCUGCUGUCCAACGUGCCGUGGGUCCCUUGGGAAUAUUCGGAAUCUAGCAAUGGAAAAGGUUGCAUCGAAUGUUAAAUUUCCAUGCAAGCAUGGUUGCCACGCUUCCUUACUAUAUACAGAAAAAGUUGAUCACGAGGAAACGUGUGAAAAUCGACCAUAUUUAUGUCCAUGCCCUGGUGCCAGUUGCAAAUGGCAAGGUUCAUUGGAGUUGGUGAUGCCACAUUUGAUGAUGUCACACAAAAGUAUCACAACGCUACAAGGCGAGGAUAUCGUAUUUUUAGCGACCGACAUAAAUCUACCAGGUGCCGUCGAUUGGGUUAUGAUGCAGUCAUGUUUUGGACAUCAUUUUAUGCUUGUACUGGAAAAACAAGAGAAAUAUGAUGGUCAUCAGCAGUUUUUUGCUAUCGUUCAAUUAAUUGGAUCGCGAAAGGAAGCGGAAAACUUUGCAUAUCGUUUAGAAUUGAAUGGACAUCGAAGACGUUUAACGUGGGAAGCGAUGCCACGUUCAAUACAUGAAGGCGUUGCCAGUGCAAUUCUUAAUUCAGACUGCCUUGUUUUUGAUACGUCAAUUGCACAGCUAUUUGCCGACAAUGGUAACCUUGGAAUUAAUGUGACGAUUUCGAUUGUUUGAAAGGCAUAAAAAUUGUGUCUAAUGGACACGAGACUAAAUUGUGAACAAACUGACGUAAAAGUUGUCAUUUAAUCGUUUUUUUUUUUUUAAGAUCGAUUGUGUAAAUUAUAAUACGCAUUACAUUUCUUCUACACCGUCUUUAGUCUAUUUUUCCAUUUCUGCUACUGGAAGACAAGACAAGACAAACAUUAAAAAAAAGCGAAAAAAUUAAAUUUACAAAACAUACGCAUAGAAUUUAAAUUUAUCGAAACAAGUGAAAUAAACAAA